GCUGACUAGCGCGUUAGCUAACUAUCCACUACUGCCAAAAUUGUUGUCCAGUUAAAUACACAGUGGCCUUUUCUAAUGUUGAGCUGUUAGUAGUUCACUAAGGUAAACGAAGAUCAACUCAUAGAAUCCUGAAGAAAAAUGCACGUUAGCAGAGUUACCAUAGCUGAUUCAGAGAAACACUAACAUCACUAAUCGGAGACGCAAGCACCACCAGGCAAUACGAGUUGACGCGAGACAUAGCAGGUUCCGUGAGCAAACAAACAUCUUUCUUUAAGAGUGGAAUAACCAUGGUCCACGACAGGAGUAUUUUUAUUCAAGUGACAGUUCUGUGCAGGCGAAUCUUCGAAAACAAAUUCACAAAGGCCUGAAAGUCAUAUCAGGUCACUGAAAGGAAACGUCAUUGGGCUGAAUAUGCUGGGAGCUGGCAGGAAACUUGGUGAAAAGCCCCACGCCGUAACUGCACCACAGAUGAUGCCCAACAGAAGCAACUAUUUCCUUUUGAGCCCAGCUCCCUCUCAAGGUGUCGUUCUCCAGGGACCACUCUUUCAGCACAGCGACACGUCAGCCUUAGUCCGGAAGGCAGCCCAAAGGAAGGAUUAUACACAAGAAAUACAAAGAGUAGAACUGGACAGCAUCGUUGUCACCUGUCCAGAAUCUCCAGGGUCUGACAGCCUUGGCCGGGGAAGCAACGUCAUACGGCGAAUUCAAAGCAGACGGAGGCGGUCGUUGCAGGCGUCAAGCAAGGAAGUAGAGCCCUUGCAACCAGGCGAGUCCCUCACAGUCUGUGAAGCGUGCGGCAAACCCAACCAGGACCACGGCAGUUGUCAGACCUGCGGGAACCCCCCCUCACAGGACACACCCCCCAGCCUGACAGACAAUGCCCCGGUAAAAAACCCCCAUUCUUCGCUGGCCAGACCGCCCAUUCGCCUGCCACCUUCGGGACCAAACAGCCUACAGCUCUUUAAAAACUUGUACAGCCCAUCACUGAGUCUGACAGCACCGCAGGUGGACACUGUGAUGACCUCACCGACACAUGUCACUAGGGGAGACCUGGUGCUGUCCAAUGAUGGAACAGGGGGCGUGGCCCGCUCCACUAGAAGCAGGAGGCAACAGGGGAACAACCAGCCAGAAUCAAAUGACACCAUCGUGCUCUCCAGUGACGAGGAGGCGGAGAACACGGGCAGCAGCGGCAGCAGGAUGGACAGCGUCUCCCCCCGCCCCGCCGACUCCGCCCACUCCUCACCGGCGCCCACUGGUGGCCGAGUGGAGGCGGCCAUGAAGGAUGCCUCGGAGAGGGAGGGCGUCACCAGCGACUACUUCGCCAACGUGGACACGAGGAUCACGCUGCCAAGGAAGUUGCGUAUGAAAGACCCAGUAUGUCCAGUUCUUCACUCGUCUGGAAACUUGCCUGAUGACUCCGGCAUGAAAAGGCGAAAAGUGGGUUGUGUAGGCUCCGCCCCCACUUGUGACAGAAUGAUCCUGGACUGCAGAAGCGUGAGGCUGGGGACACUGCGAAGGAUGGUCACUAAGCCUGUCAUUUUCGCAACUGACUACAUUCAAAUUGAAACUGAAGCUCCCGAAGAGGACACGUUGGAGAAGGUGGAUCUGAGGACGUCGGAGCUGACCAGCUGUGAAUGGUGCAGCGUCCGCAAGUUGCCGGCCCUCUUCCUCCAGACCACGCCUGCAGAGUGCCUUCGCCUGCGGACCCAGCUGAAGAUGUCCAGGGAUCAGGGAGGGGUGUGGUACGACUGUAAGGGUACAGAUACGGAUGAGAAGUACAUCAUAUUGAUUUUCGAGAACGGCCCCUCCAUUCAGGAGCAGGUGCUUCUGGAGGACAUCCUCAGGGAGAUCGGCAGGGCCAACGGCCUACCCGACAUCCCAGCCAAACUCUCCUUCCAGGAAGCCAAUGCCCGGCUGGUGCGGUAUAACAACAUCACCAGAGAGAAGCAGGCGGGGGGAUCUGGUACACAAACCCGCAUGUCCACGCGCAUCCACACGGCCACUCUCUGCAGCCGAGAGGACAAGCAGAGGGACAGGACGGAGCUGCCCCCCGCCUCAUCUGGGCCUGUGGAAAAGAUAAUUGUCUAUCCCCCGCCCCCGGCCAAAGGGGGAAUAUCAGUCACAAAAGAAGACCUCCAGUGCCUCAACACAGGGGAGUUCCUGAACGACGUCAUCAUCGACUUUUACUUAAAGUAUUUAUUUCUGGAGAAAUUAAAUAAGGAAGAUGCUCAGAGGAGUCAUGUAUUCAGUUCCUUCUUUUACAAACGACUGACCCAGAGAGAGAAGAGAAGUCCCACAGACACCACCAAUAUCCCGAUACAGAAGAAAAAGCACAACAGAGUUAAAACAUGGACCCGCCAUGUGGAUCUGUUCCACAAGGACUUCAUCUUUGUUCCCAUUAAUGAAUCGGCUCACUGGUACCUUGCAGUCAUCUGCUUCCCGGGUCUAGAGGGGCCCCAGUUUGAACCCAACCCUCUUUAUGGAGCAUCACUGACAGGGCCGGUGCUGGUAACCAGCUCCCCAGAGGAGCACCGGUCAGCCUCGCGCUGGCAGGAGACAGAGCGGCCCUUUUUGUCCAGGACUCGCCAGUGCUCCAGGGCACCCCACUUCAGCACCAUGGACACCUCCCAGGAUAUGACAAUGCACUGGAACGGUAGCUGUGAGGACGGCUUCAGUGUCCUGAGCCGCACAGGUGGCUUGCACAGAGUCAGCACAGAGUCUGAUGACCAGAGCUCAUGUGGGGAUGAUGGCAGUGAGGAUGGAAUGGAAGAAGAAGAUGGUUUCGAGCCCUCCCAUGCCACUGACUGGGGUUCGAGGCCUACCAACUGUAAACAGCCCUGUAUUCUCAUCAUGGACUCAUUACGUGGCCCUACCAGGUCUACAGUGGUGAAGACCUUACGAGAGUACCUGGAGGUGGAGUGGGAGGUGCGGAAAGGAACCAAGCGCAGUUUUGGGAAGGAGGUGAUGCGGGGGUCCAGCCCCCGAGUUCCUCAGCAGGAUAACUUCAGCGACUGCGGUGUCUACAUGCUGCAGUACGUGGAGAGCUUCUUCAAGAAUCCGAUCCCAAGUUUUCAUCUGCCCAUGAACCUGUCAGACUGGUUUCCACAGCAUCUGGUGAAGAAGAAACGGGAGGAGGUGAAGGGGCUCAUUUUGCAGAUUCAGGAUCAGCAAAAAAGAGACACACAGGGUCAGUGGCGACCUGCGGGCACUGACCCGGGAUCUGUCAUCUGGCAGAGCUCCUGAGAAGAACACCACCCCCCCCACCCCCCAAGUCAUUGUGCGCUUAUACUUCACAGUCCUCAGUGUCCUUGCAGCCCAUCAGCAGGUCCAGCUGCUGUCUCUGCAGAUUGUUCAUUGCUACAUUAGUUCUGCUUUUUGUUUCCUGGAAAAUAAUAGAAUUUUUAGUUUGGUUCCGU